UCCCAUCAAAAUGGCUGCGCUUUGAAUGCAUCGACUGAUGGCGUGAGCGAUGGUUUGCAACGAUUUUUGUGCACAAAUCCAGUGAAUCCAACACUUCUUGCGACCAAUCGGUGCUCAACGAUGAGCUCGUCUUCGGGCCCGAGCGCUGGCACAUCGGGCAAAAGAAGUCGAAGCAAAGUGUCCAUCAGUUGCGAGGAUGAGGGCAACGCUUCCAAACGUCUCAAACCCGACUGUUGUCGAGUGAAUGACUUGAAUGUUGUGAACAAAUCCCGGAUCUAUAACUUCGGUUAUCGCAAAAAACCGGCCGAACUCUUCCGCAAAGAUCUCAUCUCUGGUCAGUCAUUACGUGACGAAUGUCUUUGUUGUUGCAAUCGUUGCAUUUAA